CCGGAUUGCCCGGAACACAAUUUAUGACCACACAACCGAACAUUCCGAUGGGUUUUCCACAGCCGCAACAGCAGACCAAUUUUUCAGCCCGUGGGCCAAUUUUUCCUUCAACAAACCCAAUAGGUCAUUCUGACAAUCCCCUUUUCGCACAAAAUUCACAAUUUCCGCCUCAGAAUACACUAACAAAAUCGGAUAAUGCUCAAUCGUAUUCUACGAUACAACCUCAAGUUCCUUCUAAUCAGGCCUUAUCUUUGUUGUUGGGUUCGUCAUCUGACGCUUUAACCUGCCAUUCGAAUAUCCAAUCAACGAGUUUAUUGAAGAGAUUUGCACGUGAGGGCAAAAAUUCCAGCCUCCCCAAUUCAAAGCAUACUGAGACUCCUCCGACUACACCUUUGCAGGAGCAGCGUACGUCAAAAUCAAGUUCGAAGGCUCUUUCUGGUUUAUCGAACAUGUGGCUUUAUGUGGCAUCCCUGCGAUCGUUUGAUGAAGCUAUUAAAAAAAGUAAGAUCGAGGAAGCCAUCGAAUUUCUUGGAAAAAUUCUGAACACAUAUAUGGAG